AUGCUUGUGCAUGAACAAAGUAUAUAAAAUGAGUCUGCUGAAUUGAAAUAGUUGACAUAUGAUGAAGCACUAACUCAGGUUGGAGGUGCUGGAUUAUAUUAAAAAAGAGCAUUUUUAAUAUUUGGAUUAUAGUGGAUGAUUACUAAGUAUGUUACAAAAUUCCACAUUUUAGUUGGAUAUUGUUUUCACCAGUUUUCUUUUUUAUUGAACCUACUGUUGAUUGUAAGAAUAAUGUGGAAUGUCUAAGUUAAUGUACUUCUGAAUCUUUAGAUGAAAAGUGUCUAGCCUAUGUUUGCGUACAUUAUUUGAUCAAUGUAGGAUGAUUCUUAACGUAGAGAAUAUGUUGUUGGAGAAUCAUUAAAUACAGCUUUUAAUGCUCUUUUACCUUGCAACAAGUCUUUGCAAUCCAUAAUUAAAUCUAUUGUUUAUAUAGGAUCUUUGUCUGGAUUUUUUGUAUUCUCAUUUAUUGCUGAUAAUUAUGGUCGUAAGUUAGCUUUAUCUAUUUCUUGGGGUAUGACUACAUUAGGAUCACUAUUACUUGCAGUAUUGAUUUAAUUAUAUAUAAGUUUGCCAUGAAUUAUUCAAUGAUUGCUAUAGGGAUAUUUUUAUUAGGUUUUGGAGGAAACCCAGCAAUUACAGUUCAUUAUUCAUUUAUUAAUGAACAUUCACGUAAAUUAUCUAAUAUAUAAAAUUUAGAGGGUCAUUUUAGAGAAAUUUAAAAUGUUGGAGUCUAAGUCUUCUUUGCACUUGGUGAAUUUACUAUAAUAACUUUGGCAUAUUUUGUGUCAAAGUGGAGAUGGUUAGCAAUUUCAGUUGCAUUACCCACUGUUCUAUUAAAUCUGUGUAAUUUUUUGAUUUUUGAAUCUCCUCAAUUUCUAUAUUCAAAAAAUAAGAAGAAAUGUGUCAAAGUUCUUAAUUAGAUUGCUAAAAUUAAUGGAACCUAGCCCCUUUCAAUCAAUGAGUUGGCUUCUAACCCAUAAAGCAGGGAGAAUAACUCUAGAGUUUAUACAAUCUGGGAUUUAUUGAAAUAUAAAUCUCUUAGAUAUGUAUUUUUAGCUGGAGUUAUGAUGUUCUUUGCUAUUUAAGUUACAUAUUAUGGGAUUAGUUUUGUUAGUGAUUAAUUAGGCCUCGAUUUCUUUCUAAGUAAUUUCAUUAUUGCUUUCUUUGAACUCUUAGCUUAUGCAACAACAGGUAUAUCAUCAUCAUAUUGUAAGAUUUUUUUAUUACUAAAUUAAAAAGAAAGAAGAACAUUAUAGGAGGUUUUAUUAUUGUAGGAAUUAUGAGUCUGUAUUUUAUUUUUAAAAGUGAUCACAUUGUUUUCAGAAUCUUUCAAGGAGUAUUGGCAGGAGUAUACUUUUAAUAUCAUCAUAUUAGUUAAUGAGAUUUCUAAUAUGUGUUGUUUGGGCAUUAGCAUAUGUUUAUGUAUCUGAACUGUUUCCCUCAGUUGUGAGAUCUUUAGCUUUAUGUUUGAUAUCAGCUGGAGGUUCAAUUGGUAGCAUUGCUUAAGCAUUUCUAAUAAAUAUUUGUUCUACCAUAAAUAUUCAUCCAAUGGUUGCAUUUGGUUUAAUAGGAUUUUUGUGCUCUUUACUUUUGUUUCCUUUGAGAGAGACUUUACAUCAACCUCUUUUAGAAAAGAUUGAAGAGGAUGAUAAUAGAAUAAGAAAGAGUAUGCUACAUAUCAAUGAAUCAGAGGAAAUCACAACAUCUGUUCUUGAUGAUAAUGAAGAAUGA